UCUUUUCAUCCAUCUCUAUCUCUAUUUUAAGCUUUAAAUUUUACUUUCUUUCUAUAUUUUUUCCUCUUCAUCUUCUUCUUCUCUAUACCUCUUUUGUCUUAUUUUUUUUUUCUCUGUUCUUGUUUCAGAAACUGUCUUUUCUUCUUUUCUGAUUGAAACCCAAAAACUAGGAAUCAAUAAAUCAGUAUAUAAAUAUUAUUUACAUAUACCCUUUUGUCUAAUUAACAGUCAAACUGACUCCUCUGGGUCAGUUUUCAGCAAAUUAUGACAGAUAAAAAACUCAUCUUUUUCAAGAUUUGAUUUUUUUUUUGGCCCCUUUUUGUUUUGCUUGAGGAAUAGUUAUGGCUGGGAGUAAUGAAAUUAAUGCUAAUGAAUCUAAGAGGGUGGUUCCACUUAAUACAUGGAUCCUUAUAUCCAAUUUCAAGCUUUCUUACAACAUGCUUCGUCGUCCUGAUGGCACGUUUGAUCGUGAUUUAGCUGAGUUCAUAGACCGGAAGGUCCCUACAAACUCGAUUCCGGUCGAUGGUGUUUAUUCUUUUGACGUAUUUGAUCGUGUGACGAGUCUUCUUAAUCGAAUAUAUCGACCUGCUCCUGAAAAUGAGGCUGAUUGGGGUAAAAUAGAGCUAGAGAAACCUUUGAGCACCACGGAAAUUGUUCCUGUUAUAAUUUAUUUCCACGGCGGAAGUUUUACUCAUUCCUCAGCCAAUAGUGCUAUUUAUGAUACAUUUUGCCGCCGCCUUGUUAAGAUUUGCAAGGCUGUUGUUGUUUCUGUGAACUAUAGACGAUCUCCAGAACAUCGAUAUCCGUGUGCGUACGAUGACGGAUGGGCUGCUCUAAAAUGGGUAAAAUCAAGGACAUGGCUUCAAAGUGGGAAGGACUCGAAAGUCCAUGUCUAUAUGGCUGGUGAUAGUUCGGGUGGUAAUAUUGCUCACCACGUUGCGGUAAUGGCUGCUGAAGCAGGUGUCGAAGUAUUAGGUAAUAUACAUCUUCAUCCAAUGUUUGGUGGGCAAAACAGGACAGAAUCUGAGAAGAGAUUGGACGGGAAAUACUUUGUUACCGUACAAGACAGGGAUUGGUACUGGAGGGCAUAUCUACCCGAAGGGGAAGAUAGAGAUCAUCCAGCAUGUAACAUAUUUGGCUCAAGGAGUAGAAACCUCAAAGGACUAAAGUUUCCAAAGAGUCUAGUCGUGGUGGCUGGUUUGGAUCUUAGUCAGGAUUGGCAAUUGGCAUAUGUCGAUGGUUUGAAGAAUUCGGGGCAUGAGGUAAAUCUCUUGUAUCUAAAACAGGCAACAAUCGGUUUCUAUUUCUUGCCAAACAACGAUCAUUUUCCUUGCCUCAUGGACGAGAUAACGAACUUCAUCCAUCCUAACUGUUCAUAGAUUAAGUUAACUUCAGCUAUACAUAACAAAAGCUUGACAUAUGUCACUCGUGCUUUUUUCUUCUUCGUUUCUUUGUAGUGAAUAGAAUGGUGUUUAGUUAUAUGUAGACUUACUUCACUCUUGUGGUGAUACAAGUGUUCGAACCUUCAAGUCAUCGUCUGCAAGGUUGUCGUUCGCUUGAUCUUCUUGAUUCUAAAGCCCGAUUUAACGUGUUUUCUUAGGUGAAGUUAGCUCUCUUGGUGCCUGAGAAUUGUAACUUGUUGGAAUUGUAAUUUUCAGAAUAUGAUGUUGUUGUCAACUUACUUUGUAUGUUGUGUUUGAGGAAUAUAUAUAUAAAAAUGUUUGUUCAUUUUCUUUGCA